UUUGGGUUCCAAUUUCAACUGUACACUCCACGUCUCCCUUUUUCUCAAAUUCUUCAAGAUUUCCACCUCCAUUUCUCCCCCUCAGAGAUCUCCACUCCAUCCAUAUUUCCCUUCAUUUUCUCCUCCUUUCCUCCCUCUAACCCACUAAUUAUUUAUAUCUUAUCUGUAGCAGUGAUCAACAAACCAUAUUACUACUCCUGAAGUAGGUCACUCAUGAGUGAACGCUUCUUUGCAAGUGGAACACUUCCCAGGUUAAAUCAAUUCAUUUAUUUCCAGUGUUUUUUCCGAUAUCAUCGUGUGGUGAUUCUUGAGUUCAGAUGAGAAAAGUUGCAAUGUGCUUCUCACUGUUACAAUUUCCAAGAUACAGGAUUCAUGCUUUGGCUAAUUCUUGGUGGGAAACUUUUCCCAUCCUGAAUAGAAGGGCGGGAAUCACUUCUAGCUUCAAGGUUCUUGGUUCUGGUAAUUAUGGGCCUCAGGGAAGACAGUAUAGGAGGUAUAGCAGACAGAUAAUAACCAUGAAAACAGAAGGAAGAAAAAAGGAUAGUUUAAGUAGCAAAGGAAACAUAAAAGAUGAGAUAUUGGAGGAAGCUUUAAGCACUAAUUUGAAUACCCAUAAAUCUAGUGUGGCUGACGUAGAGAGGACCCAAGUUCUCGAUAUUCGAAAAAUGAUUGCUGAAAACAAAGAACUGGCCAAACUUGUAUCGUUUAUUGUUUUUGAUAUUGAGACUACUGGGUUUAGCAGAACGGAGGACCGGAUUAUUGAGAUAGCUCUCCAGGAUCUUGCAGGAGGUAAAAACAGCACCUUCCAGACUCUAGUGAAUCCCAAAUGCUAUGUUCCAAACUCGCAUGUACAUGGUAUUUCAACCCAUAUGGUUAAUAAACCUGAUGUUCCAAGGAUGGAGGAGCUGAUUCCCAUUUUACUGCAGUACAUUAAAAGCCGCCAGAAACCUGGUGGUUUUGUGGUUUUAAUAGCUCAUAAUGCUCGUAAUUUUGACGUUCCCUUCCUUGCUGGAGAGUUUAGUAGGUGCUCUUACAAGAUUCCGCCAGAUUGGCUCUUUGUUGACUCCCUUCCCCUAGCGAGGGAAGCUAUGAAGUCCAAAGGAUUUAAAGGAGCUUUAAAGCUAUCAUUGCAAGCCCUUGGGGAGACUUUCAAAAUCCCUUUAAAGGGCUCUGCUCAUAGAGCUCUUGCAGAUGUUCAAAUGCUGUCCCUGAUUUUCCAAAAGAUCACCUUUGAAUUGAAAUUGUCGGGUUCUAGCAUUAUUGAGAAAUAUUCCUUUAGUGACUUAGAAUUGAGAAACUCAAAAAAGAAGAAAAGUUCUAGCUAGACUAAUACAGUUCUUCUGCACCUGUAAUUGUAAUUGUUGUAACAUUUCUUACACAUUCUUUAUUAAUGAAAAAUUUUAGCCAUUUUUAUUA